ACUAUUUGAACAUGUUUUGAUAUAAAAACACAAAUUAAAACCACCUAAUCGUUCAUCUUAAAAUGCCGUAUAAAAAGUGAAUUAACGAUCCAAAAAAUGUUGAAAUAGAUUACGUCUUCACAAACAAAAUGAAUUGCAUUAAGUUGUUGGGCCGCAAUGUUUUAAAACUAUCAAGUAUUCCGCGCCAGUCUUGCAAUCUGCAGUUCAAAAGAUUUAGAAAACCAUCUCCUUGCGAUGUCUGUCUAUUUCCUCCAGAAAAGAAACCAUGUUUCGACCUCCGCAACGUUAGCAUCGAGAUUGGAGGCAACAAGCACGGCAAGAUCAUCCGCUCGUUUCUGGAGAAUCAGUACUGGCCCCGCGAGCCCAGCGUUGUUGGUCUCUGGAUGUGCCACAACUCUUCCUAUCUAGAUAUCCUGUCUGAUAAGUAUGCACAUUCUGGUGAUCGUUUCCUUGCCUGGGAGUACAUUCCAAGGACAGGAGAGAACAAACUGAUUGGAGUGUGUGUAGCCAACAAAGUGUUUCCCUGGGCGGUUGACGAGCUGGAGGAGUGGGCACACUACACUGCCUCGAGGCCAGAACGGAACCGCAUGUACUUCUGUGCGCAUUGCAUACGGAGCCCUAACUUGUUUAAGAAGUUUAAUGUUGCGUAUUUGUAUGAUGUUGAAGUACUUGGGACUGCUGCGGAAGUAUCAGGUCAGGGUGUGGGAACGAUGCUUCUACAAAGGGUAUUGAAUCAAGCUGAAGAGCUUCGGCAUCCUCUUGUCCAGGUUGUGGCCGUCAGCCAGUACACUGCAAAAAUAUGCGAGAAAUGCGAAAUGAAAAUGGAAUGGACCAUGGACUAUUCCGAGUUCAUAGAUGACUCUGGCCAGCGCGUGUUUUUCCCGCGCAGUCCGCACCAAAAAGUUUCUAUUUAUGUGAAGUAUUUCGACCCGAAAAUUGGCGGGAGACAGCCGUGCUUACCUCCAUUUUGAUUUAUUAUCAAGUAUCU